AUGAACCAAAUUGUGAGUGAACCUGUGAACCAUCACGAUUUGCAAGAAGUAAUCACUUCAGAAUCUAUCUAAUACUAUUUGAGCAAUUUACUUUAAGAUACUUUCAAUUUCUACAUUGAAAACAAGCCAAAGAUAUCAGACUAUUCUUUACUUGGAAUUAGCGAUGUAAAAUAGCAGUAAAGUAAGAGGCCUAAGAAAUCCAAGUAUCAGAAUAUCAAGUAAAUUCCUAGUUUGCACCCUCAAUUCCAGCAGAAGAUUAUGAAUCUUACUGGUCUAUCCUUGUAUAAUGAGUUCAACUAGGAUUUGGAGUAUGAUGUUAAACUUAUGGGUCAAGGUUGGAAUCUAAAUCAGAUGCCAAGUCAAGAGUUUUCUAAGGUUGUCAAGGAUAGACUUACUUUGGAAAAUUAUCAAUCCACCUUAUAGUUGCUAUCAAAAAAGGGAAUAGAGGAAGAAAUUGAUAGACUUCUGUUUCAGCCGAUGAAUGUAAUUGACCUAAAGGACUCUGAGGAUUUCUAUGAUAUCGAUAAUCGAGCUUACAGGUAUGAGUAGAGCUAUCCAAAUAGAUAGACUUAUCAAGUCAAACCUUCAAUCGGAAGCUAUCAAAGAAAAUUCAAUAGUAAACAAAUCCUCAAUUAAAAUUGA